CAAGAGAACCAUGGGGUGCACCUUAAGCAAAUGCUGCAGGGGCGGCGAGAACAAGAGAACCAGGUACGAGUCAGUGAGCAAGGGCAGCGGAGAAGAGCCCACCGCCAACAAGACUUUGUCUUCGGCCACGGAUCACGUUACAAAAUCCUUCCAGUCAGUGUACAAGGCCACUUUGGAGCGGUUCGACCUGAACCAUGACACGCUUGGCAACAUCCAAGAACUCAAGCACGAGUUGUUGGACAACCCCCAACUCAUCUCCUUCAUCGAAGACUACCUCAAUACUAGCAUCGAAACUCUAGACUUCUUCAGUUUGCUCGACAAACGCCUCCGAGAAGCACACUCCACCGUCUACCUCGCUAACCGAGCAGUCUACCUCUUCGAAACCGGUGCACCCGGCUGGGCCGUCCUCAAGGAUCUUGAACACUUAAGAGAACAAGGCAACCCUUUCCAACCUUUCCCUAAGACCACCGAGGUUGAGCUCCAGCGCUUGUGCGAGCUCCACCGUUCCCGUAUUCAGAAGCUUUUAGAGCGCCAGCAAGUCCUGAAUCAAAAGCACGGCAAGGUUGAACAAUGGAAGAGAAUUUUGUCUUGGAUUGGCUUAGUGGGCAUUAGUUUAUUGUUCAUAAGUUCUACAGUGCUUGCGAUAAUGACUGGUCCAGUGGCAGCCCUCACUGUCCUUGGACUGGCUGGCUGUGUGAUUCCGCAGGUCUUGGACAAGGGGAUUAACCCUCUUUUGGAUAAGCUUAAGAGCUCUACUGAAGGUUUCCGUUGGAAGGGGAGCAUGAUGAUGAGGAGGAGAAGGUGGUGAAGAUGAAGAUAGCCAUGUAUGAUAUCAAGACCAAGGCUGAAAGUUUAAAGACUGGGGUUGAGGAUUUGAAGAAGGAGGUCAACCUCCGGCGUGAGAACCUUAGGACAGCCGUGACCACUAUUUUGAUGGCUGUCAAAAAUAAUAAAUAUGAAUGUAUGUCUUGUGUUUAGUUUAGUCUCUAUGAUAAA